UCGUUUUGUUUCUCUUAUAAUCAGGAAUGCUCAAAUCUGGCCAAGUUUGAAUCUUGCAACAAACCGGUGAGUACUAGCAUCAUUGUAUUUUUAUUGAGUUGAAGGAAAGUGGACAACUCCAUUGUCUCCAUACAUUACUUUUAAGGAAAUAUCGCAAGAAACUCCAACCCCUGCGUAAUAUAUUAAUUAAUCGAUACAUUUCGGCAGUCCUUUUGAUUUUGGACUGAAUUAGACACUCUCUAGUCUGACUCUAGUCGUAUCAAUAGCGUCUGAUUUCUUCUUGCUCCUGAUUUCUUAAUACUCAAUAAAUCUAAACUUUAUGUUAUUUCUAAAUCUGAUUCUGAUUCUGAUUUCGAAUUUUCUUUUUCUGAUUUUCUAUCGAGUUCUCAUUUCUGAUAUUUUAAUUCUCAUUUCUCAUUUCAUUUUAUUAAUAUAUAUUUCUUAAUUUCCAACCUCUCCAUUCUAAAUUUUUAUGGGCAAAGAAAGUCGAGAUCCACUGGCAAACGGUUAAUUCUUGUUCAUUAUUUUUUCUAGGAGGGAGAUUGUAGCUGUGCAGCUGGACUGGCUUGUAGGCUGACCAAAAAAUUCAUUUACCAGGGGAAAACAAUUGCUGUUAAACAAUGCAUGCCACCAGGUGAAGCGAUUGAAGUGGAAACCGUCGACCUGAGUGAUCCUUCAGCUGAUACUCCAAGAAACAAACGGUGGCUCGGUAGCAGUAUUUUCGAUGCAAUGAUUGAUCAAAUUCUACUAUCACUAUUAAUUUUCUUCGACUGCUUAACAGGCAUAGGCGGACUUUGUGUGUUAUUCGUUUGUGAUUCGUAAAGUAAGGGAUGCCGCUCGAAAGCUGGGCCGAGGUCAAACGAGAAAACGAUGGGGGAAGGGGUGAGCCUUCUAUUUCUUGCCCCCUUCCACAUUGUUUCUCUUUUGACCUACUAAUUAACGAAAGAAGAACGAAAAACACACCAAAACUCUACUGUUACGCAAGCUAUGUCAAGCAAAUCAUAUGCGGCCAAUUUCCAAGAGGCGACUUAAUAGAGAAGAGAAGUCGUUACGUCACGUUGCCAUGGUAGCAAAAUUUCAGGAUAACAACAAACCGAAAACGUCACUUAAAAAGUGAAUUCGCGCUGUUUCAAACUUCAUUUUAUUCAAUUUCAUUUAAAUUGUCAAAUGCUUGCGAAAUUUCCGGGUUGAAUCCCAAACGAUGGUAUCUAAGUUUACAAAAAAGAAAAAAAAAAUUUUUGUGUUGCGUUCACCGACUCCAUAAAGCGGGCGCGUGAAAUUAGGAGGUUUCAGGUCGCAGUCGUGCAACGAAGGCUAAGAAAUGUUCAAAAAAAGCGUCGGAUGUAGGUACAAACUUGUCGUUUAACUAAUCUAAACCUAUUGCUUUUUUGUCAUUCUCGUUGCUGUCACCAUCGUCGUUGCAUUAAAAACUCCCCUUUGUUGUCAUCCAAAAAUUUUGCUACCAUGAUAACGUUACGUCACACCUCUCCUCUCUGUUCUCUCUUAUGACAGUACUGAUACAUUCAAUUUCUUUAAUUAACUUUCAAAACCUGCUUAAAACGAACCCCGAGAUAACAAAUCACAAGCAUUUUCUUUUGAAGCUAAAAAAGAACCUGUGGUAAAAAUCAUCUGACAUACGUGUAUUCGCGUAUUUUGCGCAAGGGCAAAAUAAUUUAGAUUAAUUUACUCAGUCUUUUGUCUUAAAUUGUCUCUCUUGAGAGCCAUGAUGUUUGGACACAAAUUCUCCCAGAGUUAUGUAUUACAUCAAUAAUAGAUAGUUUCUUCGUGUACCUGUCCCUACCCCCUUUAAGAUUAGAGAUGGCAAUUACGAUAACAGGUCGUGGGCAUAGCAAUUUUGUCCCGUUGACAUUUUACUCUUGUUUUGUUCCAGAGAUGCUUUGACGAAACAGAUUGUGGACAGAACUUCUGUUGUGCACUCAACAAGCGGUGUUUACCGAAAAUCCCUAAAUAUUUCACUUGCAUGUUGUCGGUUAGUAUUACAAAUUAAAGUCAUGGUAUAAUUAUGAGUAUGCAAAUUGAAAAUACUUUGAAAAAAGAUCCAAAUCUUUUUCUUAUUAUUAUUUACAAGAAAGUGAGAAAAUUAAGGGUUUAGGGUCUGCGAAUCUUUUAAAUUAAUAAAAAAAAAAUUAAGAAAGAAUCCACAAGGAAAUUGAGUAAUUUUAAUUUUGAGUGGACAAAAACCUUGAACCAGAAUAAUUUAAAGCAUAUUAGAUUCUUCUUUUCUUACAUUUUUCAAGGGCUAUAGAUGUAAUUAACUACCUGUAAUAACACCAAAGAAUAUUCUCAAAGGAUCCCUAGAAAAUAAUUGUCAAGUUUCACAGCAAUUGUGGGCAAGUAAAUUGUAAAAUUUUUAUUGUUUAAGAUCGAUGUCAUUUUGUGAAAUUCGACAAUUCUUUUCUUGGGCUUCCAUGAGAAAUUUUCUUUGGUGUUAUUGCAGAUAGUUGUAUCUAUCGCUUGAAAAAUGUAAAAAAGAAUGCAGUAUGCUUUAAAUUAUUCUGGUACAAGGUUUUUGUCCACUGAAAAUUAAAAUUACUCAAUUUCCUGAUGGAUUCUGUGUUAAAAGAACAAUUGCUUGUAAGUAUUACCUAGAACAUGACGUCAUGUCCACCUUUUUGGAUAGUUUCCGAAACAAUAAAACGGCAGCCAUAAUGGUGUCCCAAACCAAUCCUGUGGGAGUUGAACUUAUUUCUUAUGUAAAAGCCACCUGGGAUGUAGUAGGAAAGUUUCAUAAUUGAUGGCUUCGGUUAUUAUUUUGUUUCUUUAAAUGCCAGAACCUUCACAAGUGCGGCUGUCGCGAUGGACUGGAAUGCAGACAAACAUCCAGUGUUACAGUCCCUAUAAUAGGAACAGUUAUUUCUGUUAGACAGUGUAUGGAGCCUGAAUUUUAAACAUGAGGCUUGAAACACAGUUACAGCCACCCAAGAAGAGUGCUUAUCUUUAGAAGAGACAAAAAGCUGUAACAAGAGAGAUCACAAUAAAAAGAGUCUUUAAAAACCCUCAGCAAAUGCUGUUUACUCUCGGUUGUUGUCUGGUUCUUUAUUUCAAUGCUGUUUCUUUGCAGUUAUUAGAUAUAUUAAGAUUCACGUUUACACCAAACGGCAAACGUGAAUUUGUACCACGUGACCAGGUUUUCCCCUCAAUUGUCGUUUACUGUUUAUUACUUCCUCACAAAAAUAAGUAGCUUCACGCCUUUUUUAUCCACAAGAAUUGUUCUCGACAGUUUUUAUUUGCUUAUUUUCUAUUCUUAGAAAUUCUCAAAAUUCUCUGAAGUUUCCCGUUUGUCGUAAACGUGACUAUUAAUCUCUAUAUUUCCAAAACGUUUCUUCUGACCGGAACUAUUAUUCGUUGAUGUUUAUACAUUUCGGCACGAAUGUUUUAUCAAUGAACACAUUUUCCCUAAACUCGUCCGAGGGCCGUUAUUUCUGAGCACCACGUUUCGCACGGUCAUUCUUGAUCGUUUACCAUCAAACAUGCACUUUAUCCAACAGAUAAAACAUUCGAAGAGAAACGGCUCUGACAUCUGUACUUUCGUUUUCCCAUCGGCUUACACCUCUGUAUAUGCGAAACAAACCUAUAACAUGUAAUGGUCCAUCUCUUUCAUUGAGUGUGAGCGGAGAAAAGUCCGGUUGAAGAUAAGGGGCUUCGAAAAAAGAGAGCUAAAAACUAAAAACAUAUUUUUUGGUUCUCUGUGAUACAAACCAGCCGCGGGUCAAGAUCUUUCACCUUUGGCAGUUUUCAAACUUGUGCGAAAAACGUCAGUUAACUGGAAAACAUUUUGCAGUGUUGUUGCGUAAAACAGCUGUAUAAACUUUAUUUUGGUUGAGGUUAACAUUGAUUUGUUCUUUUAAUUCGCUGUGCUGCUAAACACGUCAAUUAAUUGGUAGAAAUUAGGGGUAAUCUAUUUCAUCCGAUACCUGACUCAAAGAGCUGCUAAGUUGGACUGUACUCUUUAACCGAAGUUCUAGAUCCAGUUAUUUUUAUAAGUAAGAUCAGCGGAACCUUAGACACGAGGGAGUCAAUACAUCAAGUUCAUUCAAUUUUGUUCUAACCGGUUUAUGCUGUUCCUCAAAUUAAAGCUAAAAUAUGGGCUUGAUCAUUAUCACGAAUAAAUAAAGGCCUAAUUUCAGUCGCUAUACAAUUGAACCUCGGUGAUAUAACGAACCUCUCUAUAACGAAGACCUCGGUAUAACGAACGAUUUUCUUAAAUUUUCUUAAAUGUAAAAUAUAUGAAAAAGAACCUCGAUAUAACGAAACCUCGAUAAAGCGAACAAAUUUUGCCCGCAGUCCCUUGGUCCUUCGUUAUAUCGAGUUUCACUGAAGUGCGAAAUCAUGAAUAGCUAACCAUUGAUCAUCCAUCAGAAUAAAUAGACUUUUUUCGUCUUAUUGAAAGCUGCAAGGAUGCCUUGCUUCACUGUAUGGAUCGUGCUCCGCUUGAAGUCUGAUUUCUUCACUUUAGAGGGUAUCGUUUGUAUUAGGACUCCUACAUAAGUGAAAAGAUCGUACUUUAAUUGCUGUACCCACAAUUCGUCAUCAGAUGACAACCUCGUUUCCAGGGUUCUUGGGAACGAGGUUGAACAGUGAACAACAGAAGCAAUUUUAGGUGUAUGCAGUGCCCUUGUUUCCAUAGGCAGUUAUCAUAAGCAAACACACAACACAAGCCUUUUAUUACUCUGGAUUUUUCACUAUGAUGCGAACCCAGGACAAUAACCAUUAAUAAUGACUGCUUUAAUUACUUCAAAGAGACAAGGACAGUUGUGAAAACAUCAUCUUAAUUAAGAAUUUUGCAGGAAUUAAAUCGGAUGUUAUAUAAAGACAGGCAGAUGAAGUAGCAAGAUAUCUUGUUGUAAGUAUCUCACUCCACUUUGGUUUGCAGAGUCGCCGGAUUAUUUCGUUUCAAAGCGUUGAGAUUAUGAAGACGUUUGUUAUUAUUAGUGUCUGUAUAACGCUUUCUUUGGUACGUACUAAAAGAUAUGAUAAUUUUUUAUCAGUCUUAAUACGGGUUCUUAAUCAUACCAUACACACCCGGCACACUAUUCAUAAUUUCGUCAAUUUUCUGUAUUUCUUCCAGGCAUGUUCUGACCUUCCCAAGCUUGCAAAUUGUGGCGAAUCGGUAAGUAAAGUGAUCUUAAAACGACGCGUAACUCUUCGUUAAACCAUCAUUUCCGAUAUUUUGUAGCCAUGGAAAUCUAAAGGAAAGGAUUUUAUGGGGAAUAGGGUCAUUCAAGCAACUUCAAACAGAGUUUCAAAUAGAUAAGAAUCAGUAGGCAGCAUUUCAAAAAGAAAACAGCUUUAAACAUGGUUUAGAUUUCAUUUCGAUGAGACACCGUAUAGUUUCAUAACCGAACCCUUUUUUCAGUAACGAAAAAACAAUAACGAACAAAAACAAACAAUCCACAAUACAUAGUUAACAUUAAAAAUUGAAACAAACAGGCGACAGAGUAUCAUGAGGAGUGUUGAGGAAUCAUGUACUCAGUGCUUUGGUAUUCAUGCGAAAUUAGGGAGUUUUUAAACACAUGCAAUGAAUUAACCUCAUAAAAACUAGAAGGUCAGAAGAGUCAGGUGUAAAACUAGAUUUCGAGACUGAGAAUAUUGAAUUUCAACGAAAAGAAACACUUUCGAUUUGUCAAAGGAGUUCAGUCCUACUUUGCUAACAUUUUUUGGCGUUGCCAUUUUAAGGAGGGGGUCUGUAACUGUCAAGCUGGACUAGUGUGUACGGUAACCAAACAAUUUUCAUAAUUGAUGGCUUCGGUUAUUAUUUUGUUUCUUUAAAUGCCAGAACCUUCACAAGUGCGGCUGUCGCGAUGGACUGGAAUGCAGACAAACAUCCAGUGUUACAGUCCCUAUAAUAGGAACAGUUAUCCCUGUUAGACAGUGUAUGGAGCCUGAAUUUUAA